UGCGUAAAAGGGGUCUGCGGCAGCUCCGUCCCACAGCGCCACGCAUCCGCCUCGGCUCGCGCUUCUUCCCGUUUGGAACUUCGGGAUAAUUUUUGGUUGUUGUUUUUUUUUUUUUCCCGCUCGCGAAGUGCCGGAGCACGGCCUCGUAUGCCGCUGCACGCAGGAAGGCAAACCGCCUGGUGCGCUGGAUGCACAAUGUGGAGAGUCUUCGGCGCCCUUUGCGCUUGGUGUCUGCUGUGGACCAACGGUGCUUGCGCUCAGUCAGAAAGGAGGUGCGGGAGGGCAAGGUGGUGGUUCUCAACUUCCAGUUCCUCGAUCUAGAAAGCGACAACCUGUGCCGUUAUGAUUACGUAGAUGUUUAUAACGGCCACGUCAACGGGCAGCGCCUGGGCCGUUUCUGCGGGACGUUCCGGCCGGGCGCCCUCGUUUCCACGGGCAACAAGAUGCUUCUUCAGAUGGUGUCUGAUGCCAACACUGCUGGCAGUGGCUUUCUGGCAGUCUUCUCAGCCGCUCACCCUCACGAGCGAGGGGAACAGUAUUGUGGAGGGAGACUGACAAAGCCAUCGGGAACGUUUAAAACCCCCAACUGGCCAGAGAAGGACUACCCAGCAGGGGUCACGUGUUCUUGGCACAUAGUCGCACCGAAGAACCAGAUUAUAGAGGUGAAAUUUGAGAAGUUUGAUGUGGAAAGAGACAACUAUUGCCGCUAUGACUACGUGGCUAUUUUUAAUGGUGGAGAAAUCAACGAUGCCAAGAGAAUUGGAAAAUACUGUGGGGACAGCCCACCUGCGCCAGUGUUCUCUGAGGGCAAUCAGCUUUUCAUCCAGUUUCUCUCGGACCUCAGUCUGACGGCGGACGGCUUCAUCGGUCACUACAAGUUCAGGCCACGGAAGUUCCCCAGCACCACGACGCCUCCAUCUACAACCACACAGCUCCCCACCACCAGGCCUCUAUCUUUGAGGUAUUCUGCAGCACUGUGUCAACAGAAGUGCAAUCGCAAGGGAACCCCAGAGAGCCAUUACUGCUCCAGCAACUUUGUUAUCACAGGAACGGUUAUCAGCGCCAUGAUCCGCAGGAGGAGUCUGCACACCACUGUCUCCAUCAUCAGCGUCUACAAAGAGGGCAGCCUCGCCAUCCAACAGGCAGGCAAGACCAUGAGUGCCAAGAUCACCAUCCUGUGCAAGAAAUGCCCAUCAGUCCGGCGAGGUCUGAACUACAUCUUCAUGGGUCAGACAAAUGAGGAGGGGCGCGGCAUGGUCAGCCCACACCACUUCGUCACGCCCUUCAAGGCAAAGGACCAGAGAGUGUUCAACACGCUAAAGAACCAGAGGUGCUGAACCACGGCCCCCCGAUUCCCCCACCCAGCCAACCCCUACUCUCUCACUUCACAGCCUCCUGAGACUUGCAACCGUUCACCUUCCUUGAAGACACUGAUGAAGACAUCCCCCCCAGGCUAAGUAAUCUGAUGAGGUGCAGGGGGCGGGCCGCUUAGAGCUCUGUCCACUGCUCAUUUUCUGCUAGUUGGAAACGGGCAGACAUGAAUCAGCACAGAUGACGUGAAAGUUCUGGAAUUUCCUCUGAGUCCACCCUCCUCUAUAUGGGAAGGCAUGGUUUUGAAAAAAAACAACCUUCACCCUGCGUUAUGUCUGCUCCACU